AUGGAUUCAUUCGAGAUCGAUAGCAUCAAAGUCGAGAAGGCCAACGCCAUCCUGAGGUACCGCCAGCUUAGGAAGAUCACCAAUCUGUUCCGGGUGAUCGAGGUAUGCCUUGUUCUGAUCCUGGUCUCCAAAUUUUCCUUUCAAUUGCCGUUUGCCAUCAAGGUCUCCGGCGAGUACUUCCGGGAUUUGUCCGUCACCCUCAUCAGUCCGCGCUUUGUGUUUGUGGUCGGUAACGCCAUUAUCAUCAUUCUCUUUGCGAAAUCCGGGCAGUUCUCCGGCCAAAACCAAGCUGAGAAGUACGAUGAAACCCAUCUUUACAAUGAAAUUGUGGAGAAGAGUGAAAAAGGCAGGAUGGAAAUUAGCACAAGUACUGAGGAGACUGUAGUCAUGGUGGAUACUUAUACUACUCAUGAGGCAAAGGUUUAUCGGAGAACUCAAUCGGAGAAUCCCAUCAAAGACAAUUCCGAUAAAAUUUGCCGGGAAUUGAGGCGGUCAGUGACGGAAAAAUGCAGGAAAAACACUGAUUCUUGUGAGAAAAAUUACUCUGAAGAUGACAUGAGUAAUGAGGAGUUUCGCCGGGCAGUAGAGGCAUUCAUCGCUAGGCAGCAGAGGUUCCGAAGGGAAGAAGAAUCCAUGGCUGUUGUUCUUUAG